AUGAAGCAUAGUGAGGCAAAGAACAUUUGCAAAUUAUGAAACAUGGCUCAUGAGAAAAAAUACCUAAUAUGUUCUUGUCUCUCAAUGAAACUAUGUUUCUUAAUUAGUGCCAUUUGCUCAGGGAUUAGUUAUUUCCUUUUUACAUCUCAAGUUGCAAAAAUAUCAACAAUAGCAACAAAGCAACUAUUCUUCAAUUCACAAAAGAUUCCUUUCCAAGAAAUAUCUCAACCCCAUGAGACCACAGAAGAAAAACACCUUCUCAAGAAUCAAAAAAACAUUGCAAUCCUGAAUCUACAACUCACCACACCUUCCCAUUUAAAGAUCAACAAAACAACUCCAGUAAAUGAGGAAAAGCACAAGGACCCUGUGCCAUACAAAUUUCUAAUCCAGGAGGAAGACAAAUGUAAAAAGACUGCUCCAUUCUUAGUGUUCUUAAUAUGUACCACAGAGCAUGAAAAGUUAAGAAGGGAUAACAUUAGGAAAACUUGGGGGAAUGAAAGUCUGAUGCCAGGAUUUUCUGUGGUUCGUUUAUUUAUGUUAGGUGUUCAGAAGCAAGGCUCUACUGAAGCAAUAAGGAAUGAAAGCAGGGUGUAUCGGGACAUUAUUCAACAGGACUUUCAGGACACCUAUCAUAAUCUGACCCUCAAGGUCUUGAUGGGCAUGAAAUGGGUUGCCUCUUAUUGCCCUAAAGCACACUUUGUCAUGAAAACAGAUUCUGAUAUGUUUGUUAACACUGAAUACCUGAUCCAAAAGCUACUAGUUAGCAUAAAAACGUCAGAGCUUUAUUUCACUGGGUUUCCUAUGAGGAAAUAUUGCCCUAUAAGGAAUAGAGGGAGCAAAUGGUACAUGCCUCUUGACAUGUACCCUGGGGAGUUCUACCCAGAUUUUUGCUCUGGAACUGGAUAUGUGUUCUCUGGAAGUUUGGCUGCCAUGGUAUACAAGGCUUCUUUUAGUGUAAGAGUAUUACACUUAGAAGAUGUGUAUGUGGGUCUCUGCCUUCAGACAAUGGGAGUCAAGGUGUCAUCACCACCCAGAAUAUCAUUAUUUAAUCCAUUUAAAGUUCCAUUUAAUCCCUGUGUCUAUAAGAAACUUAUCACAUCCCAUUAUAUUUCUCCCAAUGAAUUGCUUAUAUUUUGGCAUGAAAUUCAAAAGGAAAAAGAUGACUGUUUU